CUGGGGGAAGUCGGUGACAGAGGUGUUUCAGUUUGCAUUGUUGCGUGGGUUUUUCAUUUUUUUUUUAAGACAUUGAAAAGCAAUUAAUGAUCAGAUCUAGGAAAAAAAAAAAAAACAAACCCUGAAUAGAAACAAAACUUUUAAAUGCUGGAUUCAAAAAAAAAAAAGUUAUCUGGACAGCUUCUUUGAGACUAUUUAAAAACUGGUUCAACAGGUCUCUGCAACGUCAAGAUCUAACUAAGCUUUAAAAGGUCAAGAAGUUUUAUGGCUGACAAAGGAUUUGCUGCAGCGCAGGCCACCUUUCCCACCUUAAGCCUCUGGGGAUCUGGGGGUUUCGCCCCCGUUCUCUUCCAUUGGUCUCCGUUGCCUCUCUCAGCAAGCAAGGGCUGGAGUAGUUUUCCUUUGUUGUUCUGAGGGAGAGCGGCGGGAGGGGGCCUGGGUGGGCGGGUGGGCAGGCGGCUCCUACCUGCCCGGCUCAGUGGGCUCAGUGGGCUCAGUGGUGGCUCUUUCCCCAUCUCCUGUGGGUUUUGCUUUUGUUGGUUUUUGUUUGGUCAUGGAAUAAGGCGUCCUUAUUUUAACAAAACUAAUUUUUCAACACGGAAGAGGGAGAGUGACCAUCGACAGCUUUUACCCCUUCUUUUUGUGCUGAGAGAACCCAAAAGCAUCCCUUCCACCAGCAAACCCUGGGAUAGCUGGGAGUAUGGCCACCCUGCUCCACGAUGCGGUAAUGAAUCCAGCAGAAGUUGUGAAGCAGCGCAUGCAGAUGUACGACUCGCCGCACCGGUCAGCCCUCCGUUGCGUCUGGACAGUUUGGAGGACCGAGGGCUUGGGGGCCUUCUACCGGAGCUACACCACACAGCUGACCAUGAACAUUCCCUUCCAGUCCAUCCACUUCAUCACCUACGAGUUCCUGCAGGAGCAGGUCAACCCUCACCGGGGCUACAACCCACAGUCCCACAUCAUCUCGGGUGGGCUGGCCGGGGCCCUCGCCGCAGCCGCCACCACCCCCCUGGACGUCUGUAAGACCCUCCUCAACACUCAGGAGAACAUGGCCCUCAACCUGGCCAACAUCAGCGGCCGGCUGUCGGGCAUGGCCAAUGCCUUCAGGAUGGUGUACCAGCUCAAUGGCCUACCCGGCUAUUUCAAAGGCAUGCAGGCCCGUGUCAUCUACCAGAUGCCCUCCACGGCCAUUUCCUGGUCUGUCUAUGAGUUCUUCAAGUACUUUCUCACCAAGCACAAGCUGGAAAAUCGAGCUCCGUACUAAAGGAACGGGCCAUGGGCAGUGAUUCCAGAAUCUUUUAUUUUAAAAAGGCUUUUUCCUGCCUGCUUCCAUUCCCUUGACCUCACACCGAGGUUAUGUUGGUGGGGUGUUGGCAGGGUGGGCCCUCUGCUCCCUGACGCCUCAGAGAGCAGGGACAAUGGGACAGCCGCUGACCGGAAGGCCGUCCACAGGGACGUCUGAGGUGGCAGGUGGGGAAAGACUUUGGACGAGGAGUGAGGGAUGGCUUUUGCUCUCCCUCCCCUGACAGGAAUGUAGCUUUUCUGCCUCCCUGUAGCCGUCUCCUGCCCUACGAUCGCAGCUCACAAGGGAGGGGAGAAGAUGUGCAGUGACUGAAAGCAUUAAAGAAAAAAAGAGAAUUCUGUAUAUAAAAGUUCUAGUACACAGUACAAAAUAGAUGGAUAAUGUUUAUCCUUUAUUUUUCUAUGUAGAAGUUUUUGGGCGUGUGUGUGUGUGUGUGUGCGCGCGCGCGUGUGCACGCCAGUGUGUGUGUGUGCGAAUAAGUGGUACAGCUGGGAAUAUCAAGUUGUUUUGUUUUUUGUUUUUUAAAAAGAUAAGAGGGCUGAAUUCUUCCAUUGGGUUAAGUGAAAAGGCACCAAAGUGAUAAAUUAGUGAAUGUGGCCUAAGAUUGUGUGGAGCCCCCAGAUGGAAGUUUCACUUGAAUGUAAAAUAAUAAAGUUUAUAUUUUGAAUUUACGUUGCAAACAAAAUCAAAAUAAUGAUAUAUUACUCCUAGCUACUUUUUUUCUCCUUUUAUCCAGUCAGUCACCUGCGUGUGCCUUUUCCUUUUGUCUUUACCGAAAAUUCCAGGACCAAAGAUCGGUCCUGGGGCAUUUUCUCUUGCUGUAGGCACAUACACAUGCACACCUAAUGGUGGCAGGAUCGGUCACAUUGGAGGAUGGCGGCCGCCGGCAGGAGUGCAAUGACUAGUCUUAUUCCUGCUGACACCAUUCCCUUCCUCCUUGUAAGGGAUGCGGAUGUCUGCCUUCCUGGGCCAGCACGCAGCAGCUCUUGAAAUGCCAAGGUUUUGUUACUUGUUGAGCAGGCGAUUGGGAUAAAUUCUCCCUAGAACUUAUUUCUGCUUCAGCCUUUAACUCUGGCACCUCAGAUAUUCUUGUGUGUUGACUAAAUCUGUUUCCCUGGGCUGUUUCAGGGAUUUUUUAAAAAAAGCAUAGCAAGUAUGUCUAUGGCACGUGCCCAUCCCUCUGUCCACCAUUAGUUCACCUGGCACGGAGCCUCUCACCUUGCAGUGACAGAGGCCAGGCCCUCAGGCCAAGCCCAGCCGCUGAAGUGAGACCCAGACGCUUGUGCACAAGUCAGGAUGUCUCUCCAGAGCUAUCGUCAGCCUCACUUAGCUGCACCAGCUGAGAACUCGAGGCCUAACUGCCUUGUUCUCUGAAAUGGUGCAUCUGAGCCCGAUUAUCACUAAGAAAAUGCAAGCUUUUUUCCCCUGGCCACGCCCUUUGAUUGGCUGCCAGGCAUCUCCAAGGGAAGCCCAAAUGGCUUCACAGUUUCCUUCUGGAGCCCUUUAAAAAUGAGCAGGAAGCACAUGUAUGUUCAAUCUGGUGGGGCUGGCCCUGACCUUCGGCCUUUGCCCUUUGCCCCUGACCUGCCCCAUGGUCAAUGUAGUGCACCUCUCCGAGGCUCAGACCCAGGCUCCUUUGGAGGCUAUUCUUCCUGCCAAGAACUCCAGGUGGCACUGGAACAGGUUUCAUCUUGGGACCCCGCACGCCGCCUUCAGGAGUCGUUUUGAGGUCAGAGACGGAAGGGUGCCAUAUCAGGCAGCUCCCAUGUGUGCCCCAUGAGAAGGACCUUGCUCCUGGGCUGGGAGGGCUCAGCUGCUGGCCUCUCUCACUUUGGAAUGAACCACUCCGCACCCUCUGCCAGUUGGAAACCAGUUGUAGCAAGCCUCUGUCCUACCUGGGGUUGCAAAAAGCCCAUGGAGAGAGACCCUGGUGCUCUGGGAAGUAUUUACAUCCUCUACUAAAACAUGCUGUGUAUUACUGGUACAUUCUGCAAAAGGAAGAAAACUAGAGAGAGAAUUCUAAAGUAAUUACCCAACCACUCUUUCUCCUCCUCUUAAGAUGUGCCACACUGCUGCAAAAAAAAAAAAAAAAAAAAAAAAAAAA